UCCGUCGUCGGCGGGGCUCUGAGACUCUCGGUGGUGUCUGGUGACCAAACAGCGUCAUAAAGAGCACCUGUUUGUGCGGAUCACGGCGUGCCGAACCCGUUAUGUAUACUGGAGCCUCGGUAAAACAGAAGAAACACAUCUCCACGGGCGUUAUAGUCUGAUCUGGGUCAAUUCAGAAGAAUGACAACCCAGAAAAAUAAACACCCACUCCUAGCCAUCAAGGAGUUCGAGAAUAUCCUGGACACAUGCAAACUUGAUCUAAAUCCAAUCGACGAGGUCUGGCCGAACUUGUACAUCGGAAACGUGGCCAUUGCUCAAAAUAGAAAUGCUUUGAAGAAAAUGGGCAUCACUCAUGUCUUAAAUGCUGCUCAUUCCAAGCAAGGCAGCAUCGGGGACCAGAGUUAUUACGGCAAUACAAUUGUGUAUUAUGGCAUCCCAGCAGAAGACUCUUCAUCAUUCGAUCUCAGUGCAUACUUUAAACCAGCUUCUGAUUUCAUCCACAAAGCCUUGAGGAAGAAGAACGGAAAGGUGCUUAUUCAUUGCAUCAUGGGAAUGAGUCGGUCUGCCACACUGGUUCUAGCGUACCUUAUGCUGCGUCAGCGUCUGACUCUCCGCACCGCCAUCCAAACAGUUGUACUGCGAAGAGCAAUCUAUCCUAACAGGAACUUUUUGAGCCUUCUCCUGGAUUUAGACAUUCAGCUACAGAGAAAGCGGAGGCUUUGUCCUAUUCUCUGACAAAAAAAAAAACACAAAAAUGCACGUUUAUUCAUUUUGUGUAAUAUAAGAGGUAAGGGGGUAACCACCAUCGGUAUGUUUACAGUAUUUAUGAUAUGUAUAUAUAUAUAUAUAUAUAUAUAUAUAUAUAUAUAUAUAUAUAUAUAUAUAUAUAUAUAUUGUUUCAUAUAGUAAAACUUGUGCCUUGCAGGUUUAGCCUAUGUAUAGACCAUCUUUGUACUUUUCCAUACAUUUACAAAGUUAUUAAAUAAUAGUUUACCUAAAAAACUUUAAUAAUGAAUGAAAGUUUUUAAUACAAUUUUUUUAAAACUUCAUUUACAUUUGACAUAGUCAUAUUAACAUAGGUGGCUUUAGUGUACAAUGUAGUGUACAUGGAAAUGAGAAUGGUGUUUUUUAAGAAAGUCUGUAUUAUGUAUUCAAGUUGCACUGAACGACAGCACACAAGUGCCACAUGCUCCUCACACUGUGAAUAAUAUUUAGCAGCGGAGUCAGUAUUCAGCAUAGAAUACCAAAUGAAACAGUAUUAAAUGAUUGAAUUGUGCUUUUAUUAUUCAGCUGCAGAGAAACCCCUCACUGUGAGCAGUACUAGCUUUUACAUUGCUUUUGGCAGCCACGUUUGGAGAAAUACACGGGCCAAGCACAACACUCUUCUGUUAACUCGAUCCAAAAAGCCUUGUUUAAAUGACUGAGCAGCACUCGCUGAUGUGAUUUUAGUGCACCUUUUUGUUUUAAUAGCAGAAUAAUGCGUUUCAUUCAGCUCACUGAUUCACAGAAGUUCCUUUGUUAUCUUGGAGAAUAUUUAGUGUAGAAAUUAAAUUAGAUUCUAUUGACCAUGAGCGGGACAAAUAUUGAAUUUGUUACACUGUUAGAUAUAACUUCACUAGUGGACUCAUGUUCAGAUAUUUAAUACAAACAAGGUGCCAAGUAAAUGUAUUAUAUGUAUUUGUUCAAAUGAAAUAAACCCGAAAGUCCUUUG